AAUGUGGAGCGUGAAUUGGGAGUCAUAAUCACAUUCUUCCGCACCCGUGCCAUGUUUCCGCUUUAGACUUCCACCGGAUCACAUUGUAGGAAACUGUCCACCAAUAUGCAAAGGAAAGCGGAAGAAAAAACACAUCAAUACAGGACUCGCAAAGUCGGUCGCCUCGCAUAUGUCUAGUUUGGCUAAAAUUGGAGGGGUGUCCUCCAACGCUUUGCAAAUCUGAUUAGUGAAGGUUUGGCAUUUGGACAUUAACUCGAGCAACCCCAACCCCAGACACGGAUUUACGAUAUCCCAGGCAUGGAAUUGAGGCUGGAUUUCAUGAACGCACAAGACACAAUUUUACUUUUUCAUCUUUCGGGCUUCUAGCGAUUGGAUACGGUAUGGGUUCGAGGCCGGCAUUCGAAAAUAGUUUCGUCCGAGCACCGUAUGUCAUACCAUAGACACAUGCGGGAGUGACGAUGGCUGCAGGCCCUUUUUCUUUUGUUUCUUCUUUCUUUUUCUUUCCUUUUUUUCCUUCUCCUUCUUCUUCAUGAGGUGAUACUGCGUGCCCCACGGGAGCUGUUACCCACCGUCAGCAUCACAACUACGAGAGUUGGAGUCCUCCUCACGCCGGAUCCCUGCAUACACUCGAAUAGAGCAUGCAUUCCUCACGUUUCCCCAAUCCUGCAUGUUGUUUGUUCCUUGCUCGGAGCAGUCACGGUCGACUUCCAAACAGCUGUCCGGUACCCAUUGUGCGAGCCGACGAGUGGAUUGUCAUCCGGUGCUUAUUAUUGAGCGGUGCCCCCACUCGCUAUAUCGUCACUACCGCCCGCUGUUUGGUGAUUCCCCAUAAAAUGCUCAACUGGUAAGGCGGCCCCCGCCAAAAUUCUCCUGGGCAACACGUGGCCAAGAAGGCGGGGAAGAGGGGAGGCAGAUCUGAAGUCGAGCGCGGUGCGAGUGGUGAAGAUGGCAAUGCGGAUUGUUUCGAGAUGAACAUGGUCGGGAAAUUGGGGAUGGAAGGUUUUCAAUGCGCCCGCAUCUGCAUCAAUGGCCGAGCAUAACCGUGCCGCGGUAACAGCAAGAGUUGAGCAAAAUGCGACAUGCUACUCGAGUACUGUGCGUGUAGCUUUGUAUACGAGCAUCACACUCCGUCUUAUUCUCCGUUAGGCGAAAGGAGCGUCACAUCUGGUUGGCCGCCUCAAUUGUCAUAAUAUAUUACGAAGUUGACACGGCACGUAGCACUGAACUGAAGCAGGGUGGGGGGAGGGCAGAGGGUUAACUUGGUAAGUUGGGAUGAGGGUUUAUGGGGUUAUGGGGUUUAUGGUUGUCUUGGGGUUCAUAUAAGGAAGCCCCUCCAGGUACAAAGUAAGCGACACAUAUUCCCAAAGCCUCUUGAACACGUUGACCCAUCCUACUCCUUUAUAUAUCAUAGCCAUCCCCAGUUCCCAGAAUUCACACAAGCAUGAGCCCAUCAUCCCUUACCCAGGAAGGACUGUCCCCCCCUCCCAACUUUGCCAUGGUUGGGAACGGCGGUUUUGUCUACAGGAGCAGCUUCCCAAAGCCUGAAAACUUCCCCUAUCUUCAGAAACUUAAACUGAAGAGUAUUAUGUGUGAAAACCCGAUCCAGAGCCUUACUUUCUCGCCGCAAUCGCUAACAGUGACACUGUAGCACUCUGGUAUCCGAGACCCACCCUGCCGAGAACAAUGAGUUUAUGAGGCAGAACGGCAUCAAACAUUUUCAGAUUGGCAUGCCUGGUAACAAGGCGCCUUUCGUCAAUGGUGGGCACAUGGACAAAGAUUUGAACCCUAGCAGUGGAGCCCACAGCUGAUAUCUCCACCGCAGUCUCGGAUGACAAAAUCUCGAUAGCCCUCCGCAUCAUCUUGGACCGCCGCAAUCAUCCCAUCCUUAUUCACUGUAACAAGGGAAAGGUGUUUACAAACUAUAUGUACUCUACUUUCGGCCUUUCUUCUGACCCAUAUCUUUUAGCACCGUACCGGAUGCGUCGUCGGUUGCCUCAGGAAGAUCCAAGCCUGGUCUUUGUCCUUGAUUUUCGAUGAGUACCGCCACUUUGCGGGUCCUAAGAGCCGUGCUCUCGACCAGCUCAGGAUCGAGUUAUAUCGUGAAGAAGCUUGCAUGGGCUCCGCGAGGCAGUGGGGGUGGGUCCCCCCAUCGGUAAUGCCGUCCGGCUGUUCGAUGCAGGAGUGCGAGGAAGAAUGCACGGGAACGAUAGACGAAAUGGUCAACCCACCAGCCGUCACGGCAUGAAGGCUUUAAGGGGUAAUCCAAUAUCUCCACAAUUGGCCUGGUUCGUCUCUUGCGGAAACAAGCGUUUGUUCUCUCUGUCCUCUUCCGCUUGCGGAUCUUUAAAAAGCAUUGCAUCGUUCGGGAAAUGUCUGCUUCUUUUUAUUAUUAUUUUUAUUUGGCCUAGACAUAACUCUUUAAUCACGUCUUGCCUGGUCCUGCACAUCAUCCAAAAUGAACACCCAUUGGUUCUCCUUGGCUCAUUAGGGGUAUUUACGUGUUUUCUUUCUCGCUCUUUCCUUUUCUGGCACUCUUAUUCUCUUCAUGUCUUUUUUUCUUUUUCUCUCUUUCCGCUCCAACUGGAUAUGGAGGGGUUUUCCCAGAGGGUCAGUGUCACCCAAUUUCUGCUACCAGAACCCGGGGUGUUUCUGGCGGUUUAACCGGUAUGGUUCUAUAUUCAACUUCAGAUCAGCGGAGGGUAGGUGUUUUGGGAGGGGAAGUGUGUCUUGUAUAUAAAGUUUUGUUUCACGCACCCGUCAUUGCAGUGUGCUGAAUUGUCAUGAAAUGUUUUUUCCCCCCGUG